AUGUCAGCGGCUCAGGUAACUGCAUCCGCCACACAAUCACGGGACAGUAUGGUUGACUUUUGUCAAACUGUCACAAGUUUGAAUAUUGAAGAUUGUAUUCAUUUUCUUCAUCAAUAUAAUUGGAAACUUCAGGAUCUUUUAGACGAUUUUUACAAAGGGAAGGAAUUUAAGAAUAUACCCAAUAAAAAUUCAAAUGAAAAAAUCGAAAAAAAUAGAUCUUCAUCAACAUCUACUCAAAAACCAAAUAAAUCCAAUACGAAUAACGACCAAAACCAACAAGUAGUUGAAGAAGAUGAUCUCUAUUAUGCUCAACUUCUACAUUAUUAUGGUGAUGCAGACGAAUCAGCAAGAAGAUGUUAUUCAGAGGAGCAACAUAAUCAACGACCACAACAAUUUCAGCCACCUCAACAAUUUCGACAACAAUCGAAAGAAAAUAUUAAAAAUGGGCCUAUUUAUCAUGAGAAACAAAAAUAUCUUCGAUGUGGUGUUCAUGCAUUAAAUAAUCUAUUUCAACGCGAAAAUUUAUUCACUCAUGAAUAUCUUGAUGGUAUUGUGCAUCAAUUUGAUAAAAGAUAUGAAAAUAAUGAUUAUGGAACAUCAUGGAUAGGUGAUUAUGAUUUACGUAUAUUAAUAGAAGCUAUUAAACGGCAAGGACAUGCUGUUCAACAAAUAAAUUUUUAUAGUAGUGAACCACUUCAAAAUCUUCCAUGGGAUUCUUAUUUUGGUUUAUUGAUUAAUUUAAAUGGUGCACAUUGGUUGACAAUUAAAUGUCUUAAUGGAAUUUAUUAUAACCUUGAUUCAACAUUAAAGAAACCAUGGUCAAUUGGACCAAAAGAUUAUUUAGUUAAUUAUUUAAUUUUUCUUAUUCAGAGAUUUAAGAGUGUAUAUUUAUUUGCUGUAUUAUAA